AUGCAAAGGUCCGGUCAAAAGAGAAGACAAAAAUUGAACUUCCAGCUCCAGGUUUGGAAAAGAAACAAUGAAAAUAUAAUAGGAAGCACCUCUACUGAUAAGACAGUUAAAGGAGCUGUUAAUUGGAAAUUUCUACACCAUGAUGAACACAUGGGCAUCUUCCCUAGCCAUGCAUUGGCCCUACUGUUUAAUCAUAGGUAUUCAGAAAAGCUAUGUUCUUUUCAAAAACCAGGCUCACAAUUUACUAAGGUGCCAUCUCUACGCUAUAUUUCUAUAGAUGCUCUUUUAAUUUAUUUGAAUGCAAACCCAGGUGAGAUCACUUUGCAGGCAAUGGGAAAACCUGGGAAUCCAUAUGUUUCUUGGGAUAGCCUAUGGGGUAGCAUGUGGGAUAUUUUGGCCAUUCAAGGGCAUGAUUCGUAUUAUAUGUUUAAACUUUUUGCGACUGUAUUUUCAUUUGACCCAAAUUUCAGGUGUCAUGAUUCUAUCUUUUACAUGAACCACUUUGGCACAAACUUCCCUGGGCUCAAGCAUCUCCCAGACUUGGACCGCUCAGGGAAUCUUUGUAAAAAUGAUAGACAUAAGCUGAUGCAGCAAAGAAUUACGGGUAACGAUUUUCGUCACCGCUUUGAACGAGUUCCCUAUACAGCUGACUUUUCUGCAUUUCAACAGGAAAUAAGUACAUCAUCUUUUCAUAACAUUGUGCUGCUAGACUUAUCUGGCACAGAACUAAAUCGCAUGUCAUAUGUUUGCUUGACGUCUAUCCCCAUGCUUGCUGGUCUUGAUCUAAAAAACUGCACCACCAUUAAUGGAGGCAUUUUGACUGCAUGGACAGAAGCCUUGAAAAAGGGAGGUUGGAAAUAUUUGCGAAUGCUAUCAUUACCUGUCAACCCAGGAGUUUCAAAAAAUAGUCUGAAACCCUUAUUGGAUAAUCUCCCCAUGCUGGUGUACCUACAGGUUACAGGAAUUUUGAUUGGAACAAAUGAGUGGAAGACAAUUGAUGAAUUUAAAACACUGUUUAAAUCUCAUGAGCCAGUUCUCAAAAGCAUGGUAAACACUGCUCUUGGUAUUAAGUUCAAAGCACUCAGAGAUCUUUAUGCUAAAUUAUCCAAUCAAUCAAUUGAUUUUGUAGACCCAUUUCAAAGUUUUUUACAAAAUUUCUCUCAAAACCAUAAUUACAUUAUUCAAGAGUUUGAAUUCUUCGGCUUCCCCGAAUAUUCAAAUAAAUCUAACUUCAUCAACUUAUGGAAAGAACGAACUUCAAAUUACUACAAAGAUAUCCACGCCACAUCCCCUACUAUAGAAUAUUUCCGAGUUCUUCGGAAAAAACAACUUGAACGAAAAAUUCAAGCAUCACUUCAAGCACCGCCUAAUAAAAAACAAAGAUUAAAAGGUAGUGUACCUCGAGCAAAAUACAUUGGCUUGAAAACAAUGCCAAUUAAUCUGAAAAGUUUCCUGAUUCCAGCUUCUUCUUUACAAACUAAUAAAAAGUAA